AAUAACUUGUCCUGUGGGUGUCUCCGGCAGAAUGAAAGCUGGGUCAAGGUGGAGAGGUGAAAAGAAUCGCUCCCGUCUUCGUCAGGAAGAUUUCCCACCUCGCAUUGUUGAACACCCUUCAGACCUGAUUGUCUCCAAGGGGGAGCCUGCCACUUUGAACUGCAAAGCUGAAGGCCGCCCCACACCGACUAUCGAGUGGUACAAGGGUGGGGAGCGAGUGGAGACAGACAAGGAUGAUCCUCGCUCGCACCGAAUGUUGCUGCCAAGUGGAUCUUUAUUUUUCUUACGUAUAGUACAUGGACGGAAGAGUAGGCCUGACGAAGGGGUCUACAUCUGUGUAGCAAGGAAUUACCUUGGAGAGGCUGUGAGCCACAACGCAUCGCUGGAGGUAGCUAUACUACGGGAUGACUUCAGACAAAACCCUUCAGAUGUCAUGGUGGCAGUAGGUGAGCCUGCAGUAAUGGAAUGCCAGCCUCCUCGGGGCCAUCCAGAGCCCACUAUCUCCUGGAAAAAGGAUGGCUCACCCCUGGAUGAUAAAGAUGAAAGAAUCACUAUACGAGGAGGGAAGCUCAUGAUCACUUAUACCCGUAAAAGUGACGCUGGCAAGUACGUUUGUGUUGGUACCAACAUGGUUGGGGAACGAGAGAGUGAAGUUGCAGAGCUAACUGUUUUAGAGAGACCAUCAUUUGUGAAGAGACCUAGUAAUUUGGCAGUAACUGUGGAUGACAGUGCAGAAUUUAAAUGUGAGGCCCGAGGAGACCCUGUGCCUACAGUUCGAUGGAGGAAAGAUGAUGGAGAGCUGCCCAAAUCCAGAUAUGAAAUCCGAGAUGAUCAUACUUUGAAAAUCCGGAAGGUGACGGCUGGUGACAUGGGAUCUUACACAUGUGUUGCAGAGAAUAUGGUUGGGAAAGCCGAAGCAUCAGCCACUCUGACCGUUCAAGAACCUCCACAUUUUGUGGUGAAGCCUCGCGACCAGGUUGUUGCCUUGGGACGAACUGUGACUUUCCAGUGUGAAGCAACUGGAAAUCCUCAGCCAGCUAUAUUUUGGAGAAGAGAGGGGAGUCAGAAUCUGCUUUUCUCAUACCAGCCACCACAGUCAUCCAGCCGGUUUUCAGUGUCCCAGACUGGGGACCUCACUAUUACUAACGUGCAGCGGUCUGAUGUUGGUUACUAUAUCUGUCAGACUUUAAAUGUUGCUGGAAGUAUCAUCACAAAGGCAUAUUUGGAAGUUACUGAUGUGAUUGCAGACCGGCCUCCCCCAGUCAUUCGACAAGGUCCUGUGAAUCAGACUGUAGCAGUGGAUGGUACUUUAGUCCUCAGCUGUGUGGCCACAGGCAGCCCAGCGCCCACAAUUCUGUGGAGGAAAGACGGGGUCCUUGUUUCAACCCAGGAUUCUCGGAUCAAACAGCUGGAGAGUGGCCUGCUACAGAUCCGAUACGCUAAGCUGGGUGACACCGGUCGGUACACCUGCAGUGCGUCAACCCCCAGCGGUGAGGCCACGUGGAGCGCUUACAUUGAAGUCCAGGAAUUUGGAGUUCCGGUUCAACCUCCGAGACCCACCGACCCCAAUUUAAUCCCCAGUGCCCCCUCAAAGCCUGAAGUUACAGAUGUCAGCAAAAACACAGUAACUUUAUUGUGGCAGCCAAACUUGAACUCAGGAGCAACCCCGACAUCUUAUAUUAUAGAAGCCUUCAGUCAUGCGUCUGGUAGCAGCUGGCAGACUGUGGCAGAAAAUGUGAAAACAGAAACAUUUGCCAUCAAAGGACUCAAACCUAAUGCAAUUUACCUUUUCCUGGUGAGGGCAGCUAAUGCAUAUGGGAUUAGUGAUCCAAGCCAAAUAUCAGAUCCAGUGAAAACACAAGAUGUCCCACCAACCAGUCAAGGGGUGGACCACAAGCAGGUCCAAAGAGAGCUGGGGAAUGUUGUCUUGCACCUCCACAACCCUACCAUCCUUUCCUCCUCUUCAGUCGAAGUACACUGGACAGUGGACCAACAAUCUCAGUAUAUUCAAGGAUAUAAAAUUCUCUACCGGCCAUCCGGAGCCGGCCACGGUGAAUCCGAGUGGUUAGUUUUUGAAGUGAGGACCCCAACCAAAAACAGUGUGGUGAUUCCUGAUCUCAGAAAAGGCGUCAACUAUGAGAUUAAGGCUCGCCCAUUUUUUAAUGAGUUUCAAGGAGCAGACAGUGAGAUCAAAUUUGCCAAAACCUUAGAGGAAGCACCAAGUGCCCCUCCCCGAAGUGUAACUGUAUCAAAGAACGAUGGAAAUGGGACCGCAAUCCUGGUCACUUGGCAACCACCUCCUGAAGAUACACAGAAUGGAAUGGUCCAAGAAUAUAAGGUUUGGUGUCUGGGGAAUGAAACUCGGUAUCACAUAAACAAGACGGUGGACGGUUCUACCUUGUCUGUGGUCAUCCCCUCUCUGGUUCCUGGGAUCCGCUACAGCGUGGAGGUGGCCGCAAGCACUGGGGCUGGUCCUGGGGUGAAGAGUGAGCCUCAGUUCAUCCAGCUAGAUUCUCAUGGAAACCCCGUGUCUCCCGAGGACCAAGUGAGCCUUGCCCAGCAGAUCUCAGAUGUGGUGAAGCAGCCGGCUUUCAUUGCGGGCAUCGGGGCAGCCUGUUGGAUUAUCCUCAUGGUCUUCAGCAUCUGGCUUUACAGGCACCGCAAGAAGAGGAACGGGCUCAGCAGCACAUACGCAGGCAUAAGGAAAGUCCCGUCCUUUACCUUCACACCAACAGUAACUUAUCAAAGAGGAGGCGAAGCUGUCAGCAGUGGAGGGAGGCCAGGACUUCUCAACAUUAGUGAACCUGCCGCACAACCAUGGCUGGCCGACACGUGGCCCAACACAGGCAACAAUCACAAUGACUGCUCCAUCAACUGCUGCACAGCAGGCAAUGGGAACAGCGACAGCAACCUGACAACCUACAGCCGCCCAGCUGAUUGUAUAGCAAAUUAUAACAACCAACUGGAUAACAAACAAACAAAUCUGAUGCUCCCUGAGUCAACUGUUUAUGGUGAUGUGGACCUUAGUAACAAAAUCAAUGAGAUGAAAACCUUCAAUAGCCCAAAUCUGAAGGACGGGCGUUUUGUCAAUCCAUCAGGGCAGCCCACUCCCUAUGCCACUACGCAGCUCAUCCAGGCAAACCUCAGCAACAACAUGAACAAUGGCGGCGGGGACUCCAGCGAGAAGCACUGGAAGCCUCCAGGACAGCAGAAACAGGAAGUGGCACCAAUUCAGUAUAACAUCAUGGAGCAAAACAAGCUCAACAAAGAUUAUCGGGCAAAUGACACAAUCCCUCCAACCAUCCCGUACAACCAGUCCUAUGACCAGAAUACAGGAGGAUCUUACAACAGCUCAGAUCGGGGCAGCAGUACAUCUGGGAGUCAAGGGCACAAGAAAGGGGCCCGUACACCAAAGGCACCCAAGCAGGGUGGCAUGAACUGGGCAGACUUGCUUCCCCCUCCCCCGGCGCAUCCGCCUCCACACAGCAACAGCGAAGAAUACAGCAUGUCAGUAGAUGAAAGCUAUGACCAAGAAAUGUCAUGUCCUGUGCCACCUGCAAGGAUGUAUUUGCAACAGGAUGAGUUAGAAGAAGAGGAAGAUGAAAGAGGCCCAACGCCCCCUGUGCGGGGGGCAGCUUCUUCUCCAGCUGCGGUGUCCUACAGUCACCAGUCUACAGCCACCCUCACCCCUUCUCCUCAGGAGGAGCUCCAGCCCAUGUUGCAGGACUGCCCGGAGGACAUGGGCCACAUGCCCCAUCAACCAGACAGGAGACGGCAGCCCGUGAGCCCUCCUCCACCACCGCGGCCAAUUUCCCCACCUCAUACUUACGGCUACAUUUCAGGACCCCUUGUCUCAGAUAUGGAUACAGAUGCCCCAGAAGAGGAGGAAGACGAAGCUGACAUGGAAGUUGCCAAAAUGCAGACUAGAAGGCUUUUGUUACGUGGGCUUGAGCAGACCCCAGCCUCCAGUGUCGGGGACCUUGAGAGCUCCGUCACUGGGUCCAUGAUCAAUGGCUGGGGCUCAGCCUCAGAAGAGGACAACAUUUCCAGCGGGCGCUCCAGUGUCAGUUCUUCGGAUGGCUCCUUUUUCACGGAUGCUGAUUUUGCCCAGGCAGUUGCAGCAGCCGCGGAAUAUGCUGGCCUGAAAGUGGCUCGUCGCCAAAUGCAGGAUGCUACUGGCCGACGACAUUUCCAUGCCUCUCAGUGUCCUAGGCCCACGAGUCCUGUGUCUACAGACAGCAACAUGAGCGCUGCUGUCAUCCAGAAAGCGAGACCCGCCAAGAGACAAAAACACCAGCCAGGACAUCUGCGCAGAGAAGCCUAUACAGAUGACCUUCCACCCCCGCCAGUGCCACCACCUGCUAUAAAAUCGCCCACUGUCCAGUCGAAGGCACAGCUGGAGGUGCGACCUGUAAUGGUGCCGAAACUCCCGUCUUUAGAAGCAAAACCAGACAGAUCAUCAGACAGAAAAGGAGGCAGUUACAAGGGGAGAGAAGCACUGGAUGCCAGACAAGCCACUGACCUGCGAGCAAAUCCGAGUGACCCCAGAGAAGCACAGGAGCAGCAAAAUGAUGGGAAAGGACGAGGAAACAAGGCAGCAAAGCGAGACCUUCCACCAGCAAAGACACACCUCGUCCAAGGUACUGAUUCUCCAAACUGCAGACAAAGGCAGAAUUCCCUAAGAAUUCCCUACAUGGGUAGGCCUUUUGUAGCUAUAUGA